GUUCCAAGCCCAACGGCCUCAGCUUCCUUGAGCAAGCGGCCUAACCCCCACCACCACAGACCACACCACCAUCAAUAAACGUCCACUCACGGCCCCGGCCUCAGAGUGACAGCUCUUCUAUCUGUCGUUAGAUUAUCACCCCGCAGACCUGUUUCCUGUUGCGUACUCCCAACAUCCUCGUUUUCUAACGUGUCAUCGCGAGCGGCCGCGGGUGGAUGAGGGUGCGUGUCAGGGGCUGGAGGUUCAUAGCUCUUGAGAGUGAGGUGUUUGUCUAUUCUCAUCCCGCGGUCGAGGUGUUUUCAUCCCCUGGCCUCCCUGUCUUCAGCUCCUCCGGACGAAGAACACCCCAUCCCAGCCCCAACCACAUGGAGCUGUCUGCCCCCCCUCUCCUCCUCCUCCUCCUCCUCGUGUCCCCUCCACCCUGCGCCAGCGACCAGCCCGGCCCCCCCACGCCUCCGGACCCCUCCCGCCUGCAGGGGUCCGCCCCGGUGGUGACGGGCCGUCCGUUCGUGGUGGUCUGGAACAUGCCCACCGCCCACUGUGAGACCCUCUACGGGGUGAAGCUCAACCUGGAGGUCUUUGACAUCGUGGUGAACUCCCGACAGCACUUUGACGGACAGAACAUGACCAUCUUCUACCGCGACCGCCUGGGGCUGUACCCCUUCUUGUCCCGCGACGGCGCCAGGGUCAACGGCGGCCUGCCGCAGAGCGCCGACCUGGGGGCCCACUUGGCCCUCGCCGGGGGCCAGAUCUCCCGCCGGCUGCGCCCCGACUUCGCGGGGCUGGCCGUCAUCGACUGGGAGGAUUGGCGCCCGCUGUGGGCGCGCAACUUCGACUCCAAGAAGGUGUACCGCCGGCGGUCGGUGAAGCAGGUGCGGGAGACGCGGCCCGACCUGAAGGGGGCGAAGGAGGUGACGGCGGAGGCCAAGAGGGAGUUUGAGGGCGGGGCGCGCCGGGUGAUGGGGGAGACCCUGCGCCUGGGGGUCACGGAGCGGCCCGGCGGGCUCUGGGGGUACUACGGGUUCCCCGCCUGCUACAACGAUCCACAGAAUAAACCCAGAGGGGCUAACUACACGGGGGAGUGCCACCCGGGGACCAGCCGGCUGAAUGACAGGCUGGACUGGCUGUGGAGCGAGUCCACCGCCCUGUACCCCAGCAUCUACCUGCCCCAGAGGCUGGCUGGGGCCCCCGAGUCUGCGCUCAUGGUCCGACACAGAGUGCUGGAGGCUCUGAGGGUGGGCUCCAUCUGGCGUCAUGACAACACCUCGAAGGCCACGCCCGUCCUCCCUUACGCCAGACUGGCCUUCACGCACACACUCGACUUCCUCAGCGUGGCGGACCUACAUCAUACCCUCGGGGAGGCUGCAGCUCUGGGGGCGGCUGGAGUUGUGCUGUGGGGAGAGCUGGAGUUCGCCAGGUCAAAGGACCAGUGUGUGCUCCUGAGGGACUACCUGCACGGCACGCUGGGCCGAUACGUCCGCAAGCUCCGCAAGCGAUCCCACCGCUGCAGCCAGCGCCGUUGUCACGGCAACGGGCGCUGCGCCAGGCGCCGGCCGGGCGUCGGCCACAUGGUCCGCGACGAGACGUCCGGCGAGCACGGCCAGUCGUUGUUCGCCAAGCACUUCCUGUGCCACUGUUACCACGGCUGGGGCGGCCAUCGUUGUGGAGAGAGCACGAAGUAGGAGCGCUCCAGAUGACAGUUUAGGACCGAACACCGCUCCGGUUGGGCCGUCGUCAUCGAUGAAACUUAAAGGUGACAUAUUAUACCACCAGGUGUCAGUGUGAAUAGCCGUUACAAGCCGUUUAGAAAACGGCUUGUAACGGCUAUUCACACUGACACCUGGUGGUAUAAUAUGUCACCUUCAACUUUAUUUUACUUAAUUGUAAAAGUGCCUUGGCUUUGAAACUGUAAGAAUGCUGAAUAGAUGGAUAGGUACGUAGGCCACCAUUACACCAUUACAUUUAUAUGACAUUGAUAUCACUGGAACUAGAAUAUAAGACUUAUUUAACAUACUACGGUUUAUUUUCCUUAUCAUAACUAACUCAUAUGCAGCAUUGAUUGUAUUCUCAAAACAAAAAGCCUUCUGUGCAGAUUGUAAGUCUUCAGUGCCAUGCGUGCUAUCAAGUUGCUCUUAAUUUCAAUUUCCAAAGGCUCUUUCACAUCAUGGAAAGAGUUGGGCCAGUGUCCAGACUGUGAAGAAAAUCUGUCUUAAUAUGCCACUGCCAAGUCUCAGCUCUGAAUAAAUAAUCACACGUGUUUGCAAAAAAGAUUUGGACGUCUCUUUUUUCCCCCAAAUCACAGACGGAUAAAUAAAAGUGAAGCGAUCAACUGUCAAUCUAGCAGGGCCGAUGGGAGGUUCAGUCUCUCUUGUAGAGCCAUUCGUGUGCUCGUGUGUCUUCAAGGCCUGUCCCUCAGAGCUGUCAGGUUGUGCCUCAGGGCCUGUAGCUCCUGAAUCAGCUUGGAUAUCUCCAUGGAAACGUCCUGUUUCUCCCUCACGGCCUCUGUGAGCGUCCGCAUAGCGCCGCCCUGUUGGACUGGACGAGGAAAUGACAAUGAAUGAUAAUAUUGAUGCGCCGCAACAUAAUUAAUUACAGAACAUGCUAAAUUAGUAGAGGCAGGAUUGCUUAGUGAGACUGUUAGACUUGCAGCCAAAAGGUACGGGGUUUAAAUGUUCAUCUCAAUGUCUACCUGUCGGCAUACCUAACCCCUACCUCUCCAUUAAAGGUGACAUAUUAUACCACCAGGUGUGAGUGUGAAUAGCCGUUCAAAGCCGUUCUGAAAAUCAGCCUCUUCUGACAUCACAAGAUGGCGUGUCCACCUAGAUGUAUGCUGGACGAGCAGUCUACCAGCCUACCCAGUGGACCGUGGCAAACGUUGCACAUCUAUCCAGCAUGCAUCUAGGUGGACACGCCCACCUGUGAUGUCAGAAGAGGCAGACUUUCAACGGCUUAUCACACUCACACCUGGUGGUAUAAUAUGUCGCCUUUAACGACAUGCUCUGGACAAAAGUGUCGGUUAGGAUGAACCAAUGGUCAUCUUGAAUUAAACACAAUAGUACAGUAGUAUAGUAUGACCUACAUUGCAUCGCACCUUGUACAAAGUUCUUAAUCACUAUGACACCAGUGAUAUGAAUGGAUGAGAUUCAACCAGUCUGACCCAGGAAGUAGACGGUGACGAACAGCAUGAGCAGUAGGAACGCGAUGAGUCCACAGGCCGCGAUGUAGACCCUCGACGAACCGGAGCCCCACGUCUCCCCCAAGUGUUUCUGCAGUUUAGCGCUGAUUGGCUGGCCUAGUUCAUUGACGUCCGUCCUGCCGGGGAAACAGGGGUUUCCAUUGGACGACGGGCUGUGGGCGGGCGAGAGAGGCGGUCGUAUGCCUAGGUAAUGAAAGAGGGGAAAUUGUGACAAAACUUGUGGUGCAUUCAAAUUGUCUGAUUAUAUAUUUGCAUAUCCCUGCUUGUGUAAAUUGAAAUGUGUGUCCGU